GGUACGGAGCCCUGGCGCCGGAGGCAAAGCAGGACCCGGUGCUGGGAGCUUGAGCCAGCGCGCCGGCUGCCCCAGCUCUCACGGCCGCGGGCGGUCCAGCCAGGUAGGAUGCUGCGGCGGCUGCUGCUGCUGUGGCUCUGGGGGCGGCUCGGUGCCCUGACCCAGGGCACUCCGGCGGGGACCGCGCCGACCAAGGACGUGGUGGACUUGGAGUUUUACACCAAGCGGCUAUUCCAAAGCGUGAGUCCCUCGUUCCUGUCCAUCACCAUCGACGCCAGCCUGGCCACCGACCCUCGGUUCCUCACCUUCCUGGGCUCUCCACGGCUUCGAGCCCUGGCUAGAGGCUUAUCUCCUGCGUACUUGAGAUUUGGCGGCACCAAGACUGACUUCCUUAUUUUUGAUCCCAACAAGGAACCCACCUCUGAAGAAAGAAGUUACUGGCAAUCUCAAGACAACCAUGAUAUUUGCGGGUCUGAGCGGGUCUCUGCUGACGUGUUGAGAAAACUCCAGAUGGAGUGGCCCUUCCAGGAGCUGCUGCUGCUCCGAGAACAGUACCAAAGAGAAUUCAAGAACAGCACCUACUCACGAAGCUCGGUGGACAUGCUCUACAGUUUUGCUAAGUGCUCGAGGUUAGACCUGAUCUUUGGUCUAAAUGCGUUACUAAGAACCCCAGACUUGCGGUGGAACAGCUCCAACGCCCAGCUUCUCCUCAACUACUGCUCUUCCAAAGGUUAUAACAUCUCCUGGGAACUGGGCAACGAGCCCAACAGUUUCUGGAAGAAAGCUCAGAUUUCCAUCGAUGGGUUGCAGCUAGGAGAAGACUUUGUGGAGUUGCAUAAACUUCUACAAAAGUCAGCUUUCCAAAACGCAAAACUCUAUGGUCCUGACAUUGGUCAGCCUCGAGGGAAGACAGUUAAGCUGCUGAGAAGCUUCCUGAAGGCUGGUGGAGAAGUGAUCGACUCUCUCACCUGGCAUCACUACUACUUGAAUGGACGAGUUGCGACCAAAGAAGAUUUUCUGAGCUCUGAUGUCCUGGACACUUUUAUCCUAUCUGUGCAAAAAAUUCUGAAGGUGACUAAGGAGAUGACGCCUGGCAAGAAGGUCUGGUUGGGAGAGACGAGCUCUGCCUACGGCGGCGGAGCGCCCUUGCUGUCCAACACCUUUGCAGCUGGCUUUAUGUGGCUGGAUAAAUUGGGCCUGUCAGCCCAGCUGGGGAUAGAAGUCGUGAUGAGGCAGGUGUUCUUCGGAGCAGGCAACUACCACUUAGUGGACGAAAACUUCGAGCCCUUGCCCGAUUACUGGCUCUCUCUCCUGUUCAAGAAACUGGUAGGUCCCAAGGUGUUAAUGUCAAGAGUGAAAGGCCCAGACAGAAGCAAACUCCGAGUGUACCUCCACUGCACGAACGUCUAUCACCCAAGGUAUCGGGAAGGAGAUUUAACUCUGUACGUCCUGAACCUCCAUAAUGUCACCAAGCACUUGAAGCUGCCGCCUCCGAUGUUCAGCAGACCGGUGGAUAAGUACCUGCUGAAGCCUUUCGGUUCUGACGGACUGCUUUCCAAAUCCGUCCAACUGAACGGUCAAACCCUGAAGAUGGUGGAUGAGCAGACCCUGCCAGCUCUAACAGAAAAACCUCUCCCCGCAGGAAGCUCACUAAGCGUGCCCGCCUUUUCCUAUGGGUUUUUUGUCAUAAGAAAUGCCAAAAUCGCUGCUUGUAUAUGAAAAUAAAAGGCAUUACAGUACCCCUGA